CAGCACAGACACACACAAAGAAAUAAUAAAAAAUAGACCCAAUCCUUAUUCCUUAAAUCCGGACAUUUCUGCAAAUGCUCUCCUUCGUAUCCUUCCUCCUCGCGAUUCUGAUUUUGAUUUAGGGUUCAGAUCGAUCCAGUUUUUGCGUCGGCUUCCCCGACCAGAGAACGGAAAGGAAAGUGAUAGGUUUCGGUGGGAAUUGUGGAUUUUUCGGGGUUCGGGUGUCUUCUCCGAAGGAUUGGUGCUUCGUCCGUCGUGGAACUGGGAUGCUGUCCGGUGCUUAGGGGCUUUCGAAGAGGAAGUUUGAUUGGAGUUCUGAAUAUUGAUCGAUUGAGGAUUCCGUUAUAUCGGAGGAACUUGAAGGUCGACACGAAUUUUGAAGGGAUCUGGUGCGCAGAGCAAAACAAACUUCAACAUCGUACUGGGGCUUUUAAGUCCGGAAAAAUUCCGGUGUUACUGGCUUCAGAUCUGUGAUUCUUAAGAGGAAUUCGCAGCAAAGGCGUGGCCUUUCUGUUACAGGGCUUUCGGGAAACCCGGGAGAGGCGAAGAGGACCGCCUUUAUUGUACCUUUCGGCCGUUAAAGAUGGUGUCCUGUAAGUAGAAGAGUAGAGGGGCUGCGAGGGAACGCUUCUAGGGUUCCUUUUUCACCGGACUAAAAGCGUCAAAGCCGGGAUCAGAGGUUUGGAAGAAGAAGAAGAAGAGAUCAUAUCCUCCGUUGUUUAUCAUCUGCUUUGAGUUUCGUUCUACGGUGGUGAAAGAUUUGUGGUGAUGGGGACAAACUAUCUAUUUCAUUGCGCUUUUAUUUAAAGAUCAAUUCUUUCCUAAUUGAGUUGCUGAGGGGGUUCAGUGCGUUCUCAAGGCAACAUGGCGUUGCCUCACCUGAAUAUCUCAUCAGUUAUCGGAACUUCUGGUGAUGCCUUGUAUGAUGAACUAUGGCAUGCAUGUGCUGGACCCUUGGUUACCUUACCUCGUAAAGGCGAACGAGCAUAUUACUUUCCCCAAGGUCACAUGGAACAGCUGGAGGCAUCAACAAAUCAGGGGCUUGACCAGCAUGUGCCUGUGUUCAAUCUACCAUCAAAAAUCCUGUGUAAGGUGGUGAAUGUCGAACUAAAAGCAGAACCAGAUACAGAUGAAGUGUAUGCACAAAUUACACUGUUACCUGAACCAAAUGAAGGUGAGAUCACUAGUCCAGAUCCUCCUUUACCUGAGCCUGAAAGGUGCAAGAUCCAUUCCUUCUGUAAGACUUUAACUGCCUCCGACACAAGCACCCAUGGAGGUUUCUCAGUUCUCAGGAGGCAUGCAGAUGAAUGCCUUCCUCCAUUGGAUAUGACUCAGGAUCCACCUUGGCAAGAACUAGUUGCCAAAGAUCUUCAUGAAAAUGAGUGGCGGUUUCGUCACAUUUUUCGAGGUCAACCUAGGCGCCAUCUGCUUACAACUGGUUGGAGUGUAUAUGUCAGCUCGAAGCGGUUGGUAGCUGGUGAUGCUUUUAUAUUUUUAAGAGGGGAAAACGGUGAGCUGCGAGUUGGUGUCAGGAGGCUCAUGAGGCAACUAAAUAAUAUGCCAUCAUCCGUGAUAUCCAGUCACAGCAUGCAUCUUGGAGUUCUUGCAACGGCAUCUCAUGCUAUCACUACUGGGACACUUUUUUCUGUUUUCUACAAACCAAGAGCAAGUCGAUCUGAGUUUCUCAUUAGUCUCAACAAGUAUCUAGAAGCCAAGAGUUACAAGUUGUCUGUUGGGAUGAGGUUUAAGAUGAGAUUUGAGGGUGAUGAAACUCCUGAAAGGAGAUUUAGUGGUACUAUUGUUGCCGUUAUAGACAAGGUAUCAUCUCAAUGGGCAGAUUCAGAAUGGAGAUCCUUAAAGGUCCAAUGGGAUGAAUCAUCAUCUAUACAACGUCCAGACAGUGUUUCACCUUGGGAAUUGGAGCCACUGGUGGCAGCUACUCCUCCGACCUCCCAACCAGUCCAGCGAAUCAAACGAACACGACCACCAGCUUCAUCUGUCAUGUUACCAGAACCUUCUCCUGGGCCUGGUACUUGGAAAUUCCAGGUCGAGAAUAGCCAAAUGUUCUCUUUUUCAGGGUCACAAAGAGGUGAAAAGCUAUAUUCACCAUCCAAACCAACAUCUCUAUUCUCAUCAGCAUCACAGCCUAGUUCCAUCGGAUUCAAUGCAAACAUUGCUCCAUCAACUGCUGCCAGUAGCCACAUGUGCUGGCCAAUUAGGACAGAAACUCAAAGUGAUACCUUCUCAGCAAGCAUCAAUAGAGAACCAUGUGAUAAAAAGCAGGAAACUGGCAAAGGCUGCAGGCUGUUUGGGAUUCAGCUAUUUGAGAGUUCUGAAAUAGAAGAAACAUCGCGAGUUCCUACAAUUUCAGGUGUUGGGCUGGACAAGCCAGCGACAUCUUUGGAAGCGGAUUCAGACCAACAAUCACGACCGUCGAACAUUGACCAGUCUGAUGCAGCUGCAGUCAACAGUGAGCCAGAGAAUUUAUGCUUAAAAUUAGCUCAGGAGACGCAAGGCCGGCAACUGAGAAGCUGCACAAAGGUUCACAUGCAGGGUAUGGCAGUGGGGAGGGCAGUGGAUCUGACGAGAUUAAUCGGAUAUGAUCAACUUGUGCAGAAGCUGGAAGAGAUGUUUGACAUUGAAGGAGAGCUCUCUGGUGGAGUUAAGAAGUGGGUGGUUGUCUACACAGAUGAUGAGGAUGACAUGAUGUUGGUCGGCGAUGAUCCUUGGCAUGAGUUCUGCAGUAUGGUGAGGAAGAUAUAUAUUUACACAAGUGAAGAAGCCAAGAGACUCUGUCCGAAGAAAAAGCUUCCAGUCAUCGGUGAGGCUGCCAAGUCUGGUUCAGAGAAGGCUUUUCUUGAUGCUGAUGCGGACAUUGUUGCCGAUUAGAACUGGCGGCGCGUCUGCCCUUCCCAAGUAGGAAUACGAUUUUCCCUUGCUCUUUUUGUUCUAUUCCGUGGAGGUUGGGCGAUUGGUAUAGGAGAACCAACAUGGGGUCUUUUUGUCACCAAGGUUGCCGUGUUGUCUGGUGAUGGUAAGGAUAAAGAUGGAUGGACGAUGACACUUUAGGUGAUGGUUAUGAUGGUGUCGUUAGAUCAGACAUGUGAAAGGAUGCUGCAUUAGGAUAGCGAGCAAGCGUUCAUAGCACUGUUUCUGUGUGUUUUUCCUCGGUAGUAAAUAGAAUACCUUUCUUUAUUGAUACAAUAGAUAUGUUGCUGCUGCGUCCAAGUAGGAUGAUUUACUUCUUUAAAUAUGUUUGUUGCCCAUGUUAAAGACACUUAUAUUCGCUUGAACCUUAAUAGUUAUGUACAUAAAUAUUUGAUGUUCAUCCUUUAGUGAUGAGAAAUUAUGGAUGUUUUAUCCCC